CACUGCUCCAGAUUACACUUCAUAAUCCCAAACACUCUCCAAAACGCAUGCUUUUACACACACUCGUCCAUUCAGGCAACAAGAUGCAAUGAGAACAUGUGGAUCAACAAAAAGGGUUAUAUUUAUUGCAAUUGCUAGCUUUCUGGGGUCAAAGGAUAAUGAAUUGUUUCUGAGAAGAAAUAUGAAUCUUGGAACUACAGCACGUAGGCGUGUCGCUUGAACAAAACCUGGGAUAUCUGCAUCUGCUGAACCUAAACCAGCUCUUGGACACCUAUAGACAUUUGAACUUUUUUGGACCUCUGAAGCUGAGAAAACACAAGCAAUACGAUAGAGAAUCAAAUAAGAAAUCUACUCACUUCAGCUGAUCUCUUGGUUUGGAUGAAUCAGGCUUCAGAUUAUCAGUUGUUUUGGGAGAACAGCAAAAAGAUGUCUGACACAUUUGAUGUCCCACGUGUGCGCUCUGACAGUACGUCCACCAUGGCAUCUCAGUCUACUUCAUCACGGAUGAUUCUUCGCGAGCGGCUCGCUCAGUUGCUCGUCUGCUUAGAAGAUCUCAGCUCAGAUGAUGAGGCAAAUGAGGAAGUGUCCCGUACGCUAGACGAAGCCUUUUACCUCUGUGGAAAAUACACCAACAGAGAGACCAUCAGGCUGCACAUGGUCACAUGGAAUGUUGGCACAGCGGAGCCACCAGCUGAUGUGAGGUCAUUACUGCAGCUUGACUCACAGCCGGCCACUGACCUCUAUGUGAUUGGUCUACAGGAAGUGAAUGCCAAUCCAGUGCGGUAUAUCUCUGAUCUCAUUUCUGAGGACUCAUGGAGUCACCUUCUCAUGGAUACCCUGGCACCAAUGGGAUAUAUAAAGGUGACUUCUGUGAGGAUGCAGGGUUUACUGCUGAUACUGUUUGCAAAGCAGGUCCACCUGCCUUUCAUCAGAGACAUCCAAAGUACAUACACUCGCACAGGCCUAUUUGGAUACUGGGGAAAUAAAGGUGGUGUGUCUGUACGUUUUUCAUUCUACGGUCACAUGCUGUGUUUUCUGAACUGUCAUCUGGCGGCUCAUAUGAACUACGCCCUGCAACGGAUGGAUGAGUUUGAAUAUAUUCUGGACAUGCAAGACUUUGAUAUGUACAACACACCACAAGUGCUUGACCACAAUCUCUGCACAGCCCCGCACCCGCUGGACCAGAGCUAUCAGACUUGCACUCUAAUUCCCGGGCUCCGGCCAGUAGACUGUCAAGCUCUGGCAACCUCAAAUUUGCCUGGCAAAGACAUUCGAACAAAUGUUUCGAGAUAA